CCGGUCUCGUGACGCGCGCCGUGCGCGGACGCCAAGAUGGCGGACGAGGAGGGCGAAGCGCGGCCGGGGGCGCGGAACGGGGCCGGGGAGGGACCCCCGGGCGGGCCCCGCGUCGUCCGCAUCGUCAAGUCCGAGUCCGGCUACGGCUUUAACGUCCGCGGGCAAGUGAGCGAAGGCGGGCAGCUGCGCAGCAUCAACGGCGAGCUGUACGCGCCGCUGCAGCACGUCAGCGCCGUGCUGGGCGGAGGGGCCGCCGACCGCGCCGGGGUGCGCAAGGGGGACCGCAUCCUGGAGGUGAACGGGGUGAACGUGGAGGGAGCCACGCACAAGCAGGUGGUGGAUCUGAUCCGCGCCGGCGAGAAGGAGCUGGUGCUGACGGUGCUGUCGGUGCCGCCGCACGAGGCCGAGAGCCUGGAGCCGCCCGAGGAGCCGCUGGGGCCGCCCUUCUACGACUACAGCGAGAAGCAGGCGGUGCCCAUCUCCAUCCCCACCUACAAACACGUGGAGCAGAGCGGGGAGAAGUUCGUGGUGUACAACGUUUACAUGGCCGGGCGGCAGCUGUGCUCCAAGCGCUACCGGGAAUUCGCCAUCCUGCACCAGAACCUGAAGCGGGAAUUCGCCAACUUCACCUUCCCGCGCCUGCCCGGCAAGUGGCCGUUCUCACUGUCCGAGCAGCAGCUGGACGCCCGCAGGAGGGGCCUGGAGGAGUACCUGGAGAAGGUGUGCUCCAUCCGGGUCAUCGGCGAGAGCGACAUCAUGCAGGAAUUCCUGUCGGAGUCGGACGAGAAUUACAACGGCGUCUCCGACGUGGAGCUGCGGGUGGCGCUCCCGGACGUCACCACGGUGACGGUGAGGGUGAAGAAGAACAGCACCACGGACCAGGUGUACCAGGCGGUGGCUGCCAAGGUGGGCAUGGACAGCGUCACCGCCAACUACUUCGCCCUCUUCGAGGUCAUCAACCACUCCUUCGUGCGGAAGUUGGCUCCCAACGAGUUUCCCCACAAGCUCUACGUGCAGAAUUACACCUCGGCCGUGCCGGGGACGUGCCUGACCCUACGCAAGUGGCUCUUCACCACCGAGGAGGAGGCGCUGCUCAACGACAACGACCUGGCCGUCGCCUACUUCUUCCACCAGGCCGUUGAUGACGUCAAGAAAGGCUACAUCAAAGCUGAGGAGAAAUCCUACCAGCUCCAGAAGCUCUGCGAGCAGAGGAAGAUGGUGAUGUACCUGAACAUGCUGCGGACGUGCGAGGGCUACAACGAGAUCACGUUCCCGCACUGCUCGUGCGACUCGCGGCGCAAGGGCCACGUCAUCUCGGCCAUCAGCAUCCGCCACUUCAAACUGCACGCCUGCACCGAGGAGGGCCAGCUCGAGAACCAGGUGAUCGCCUUCGAGUGGGAGGAGAUGCAGCGCUGGGACACGGACGAGGAGGGCAUGGCCUUCUGCUUCGAGUACGCGCGCGCCGAGAAGAAACCGCGCUGGGUCAAGAUCUUCACCCCCUACUUCAACUACAUGCACGAGUGCUUCGAGCGAGUGUUCUGCGAGCUCAAGUGGAGGAAGGAGAACCUUUUCCAGCUGGUCAGGUCACAGCAAAGGGACGCGGCCACUUAACCCCGGGAGCUUUCCCAGGAAUCCCAAAAAAUCCGUUAUUGUAUUAAAGCCCCCCCCAAACUAAAUCUCAUUAAUUCCAAAUCCAUUCGUGCCCGUCAUCUUUAUGGAAUUCCAGAGAUAAAAAAACAAAAAAAAAAACUGGGAAAAGCCACCUGAGGAGGCUCCUUUUUCCCACUCAGAUCCAGCUCCAGGCUGGGAAUUUUGGGAUUUUUUUUUUUUUUUUUUUUUUUUUUUUAAACAAAAAUUAAGAAGUUGUUGUUUCUGCUGGGUCAGAUGUGGAAAAAUAGAGGGGGAAAAAAAAAAUCAGGAAAAAGCCCUGGGAAUGUUCCAUUCCUGCCUGGGCAUCCAUGGGAAUAAUUCCUUUAAAAUCCCACGGGGUGGCAGCAGCUUUUAAAGGGAUUUUCCACCUGUUUCUCCUCCCAAUCCGUUUUGGUUUUUUUUUUUUUUUUUAAAUCACUACAGAUUUAAAAAAAAAACAGGAAAAACAUCCAAAAGGAGUAAAAUUCCAAGGAAAUGCCUCUCCUGGCACAAGGAUCCCGCUCAUGGAUUUGUAUUCCCGCUUUUUUUUUGGGGUGUUUUCCCAGGGAUUUGGGUGUGCCUGAUUCCUUGGGAUGGGAUCUGGGAGAUUCCAGGAUCCUGAGGCUGCCCCUGGAUGGGGAUGAGCAGCUCGCAGGAGGAAAAAUAACCUGGAAAAGCCAAUUUUCCCUAUUUUUGAGUGGGAUUUUUCCCUGGAUCCUGUGGCUGGGCAGCUCCCAGGAGGAAAAAUAACCUGGAAAAGCCAAUUUUCCCUAUUUUUGAGCACUUUUUAUCCAUGACUUGGGUGUCCAAGCAGGAAAAAUAACCUGGAAAAAAAACAUUUUCCCUCGUUUUGAGCAGGAUUUUUUCCAUAGUUCUGGAGGAAAAGUAAGGUGGAAAACUCAUUUUCCCUGGUUUUGAAUGGGAAUUUUCCACGGAUCCAGUGGCUGGGAUGUUCCCAGGAGGGAAAAAUAAGCUGGAAAAGCCUUUUUUUCCCUGGCUUGGAGCAGGAAUUUUCCAUGUCUUGGGUGGACGAGCAGCUCCCAGAGGGAAAAACCCUCUGGAAAAGGUAUUUUCCCUAAUUUCCCAUGUUUUGGGAGGAAAAAUACGGUGGAAAAGCCAUUUUUCCUUGGUUUUGGGUAAGAUUUUUCCGUGGAUCCGGCAGCUGAGCAAUUCCCAGAAGGAAAAAUUACGGAAAAGCCAUUUUUUCCCUGGUUUUGAGUGGGAUUUUUCCAUGUUUUGGGAGAUAAAAAUCACCUGGAAAAGCCGUUUUUCCCUGGUUUUGGGCUGGCCUGGAGCCGGUCCCGCCAGGGUUUGGGGUGGAUUUGGGAAUAUUUGGAACCAACCCCAGCAGGAGCAUCCUGGCCUCAUUCCUGACCUCUGGAAUGCUCCAAAGUGGGAUUUUUCCCCAAAAUUCCCUUUUUGGGAAGGGGUUUUCCCCACUCCUCCCCUUGGAGCCAGGAUGGGGGGAGAUUUUUUUUUUGGGUGGGGGAAAAUCCCAAAUCCUCGGCUCUGGAGCAGCCAAGAGCUGGGAAUUAAUUCCAUUAAUUGGAUCCCUGUAAUUAAUUGGAUUUCCGUUGUCCUCGGGAGCCCCGAGCCGUGGAAAACCCAGGAAUGGGGGAGGGAAACUGGGAGAAGUUUGGGAUUCCCAAAAUCCCCCCCUAAAAUCUCCUUUAGCACCCCCAAUUUGGGUAAAAUCCCGGGAAAAUCCCAAUUUUCCCACUAGCCCCAGAUUCUGACGGAUCAAGGAGAGCUGAACCACCUUCCUGUGGAUUUUUUAAUCCAAAAAAAUGCAAAAAAAAAACCCAAAAAAAUCCAAAAAAGGGAGAAAUCAGUCCAAAAAAUAGAAAACCAAAACCCUGCCCCCUCCCCUUGUCCCAUUUUCCCUCUUCCAGCUGCUCCCAUUCCUCGGGUUCCCGGUCGGGAAAAGCCCCUUUAGUGUAAUUAAUUGUAACAUAUUCUUUUAAAUAAAUUGAUUUAUUGAGGAAA